GGCUAAUCCUCUUUGGCAGGCACCCCCAAACCGCGGCCCUCCAGAUGUUUUGGCCUACAAUUCCCAUGAUCCCUAGCUAAGAAGACCAGUGGUCAGGGAUGAUGGGAAUUGUAGUCCAAAACAUCUGGAGGGCCGAAGUUUGGAGAUGUCAAAGUCUCAGCGCGGAGUUCCCCCUUAGGCGUAAGCUGGCAGUUACCCCGGAGUGAAAGAACCACAGCAGCAACCGUUGCAGUUUCCUUCCGAGGGCGCAAGAAGCCCGCGGGAGCUGCCGGCCUCGGACGCCGCUUCCCCGGCUUGUUUUACCCGCAGGCUCGACUCCGCCUCCAGCCCGCGAAGGCCGGAGGGGAGGAGGAGGCGCUCGCCAGCCGCCGGGGUUGCAGUCCGGACAGAAGAGCCGCCUGCCUGCACCGCGAUGGAGGGCGAAAGUUGCGCGCUGCUGCUGUGGUCGACGGUACUCGCCGGGCUCUUGCUCUUCUACCUGGGCUUCGUGCGGCGCGUCACCGGGGCUGCGCGCACCGCCUUCCCGCGGAGGGAGCCCGGCCGAGCCGCAGGAGGAGGCGGUAGGCCGCCGGUCGAUUCGUGGAGUCCCAGGUUGUCUGGCUUCUCGCUGCAACUUUGCGUACACCUGGUCAACACGGCUUUCGGACAGAAUUUUUUAGUGCCACUUCUAAUGUGGCUCAACAACUUCACCGCCCUGCGCUACCUUGAUAUUGCCGAAGACCCUACGUUUGUGCCAGUCGUCGCCGAGGAAGAGAAAAACCACCAUUCAGAGUCUGAAAAUGUCUUGAAAAUUCUCCCCAAACUGAUGGAAAUAAGUUCACGUUCUGCUCGCCCAAUGUUCAGCUUCAAAGGGAUCCAGGAUUAUUUGAACUGCUACCGAUCCGGUGAGGUUUCACCACUUCAGGUCGCCAAGAACAUUAUUGCCACACUGGAAGAUGACGAGAGGUCCAGUCUCCCCCUCCAAGCAAUUGUUCAGUGGGACCGGAAAGAAAUCCUCAAAAUGGCGGAGGACUCCACCGCUCGCUAUCAAAGCAAGAAGACCCUCUCUCUUUUGGACGGGAUCCCAGUGUGCGUGAAGGAGGAGAUUAAAGUGGUGCCCUAUCAUCACCGAAGUGGAACGCAGUACCUGGGCAUGGAGCCAGAAAUCGAAGAUGCCACUGUGACCCAAAAACUGCGAGAGGCUGGUGCCAUUAUUAUCGGUGUCUCAAACAUGCAUGAAUUGGGUAUUGGAACAACUGGUUGUAACCCCAACAGAUACCACGGUACGGCGAGGAACCCCUACAACCCCCAACACUUCACUGGGGGCAGCUCUAGUGGGUCAGCAGCAGCUGUGGCUUCAGGCCUUUGCCCGUUGGCUCUUGGUACAGAUGGGGGUGGCUCGGUGAGGAUCCCUGCGUCUUUCUGUGGCAUUGUGGGACUCAAAGGUACCUUUGGACGCAUCAGUGAAUUUGGCUGUCAUCCUCUCUCAUAUUCUACCGUAAGCCUUGGCCCCUUGUCUACAUCAGUGGCAGACGCGGCUGUUGCUUAUGCUGUUUUGGCUGGUCCUGACCCCCGCUACCCGUAUGGAUUAGGCCAGCCCAAACCAUCCCUCUCUGAAGUCUUCACACCUGAUUUGAAGGACUUGAAGUUGGGGGUUGACUGGACUUUCUUUAAGGCGUGUGAUGCUGAAAUCCUAGCCACCUGCCAGAAAGCUGUGAAGUUCCUAGAAGGUUUAGGUGCCUCCGUGGUUGAUGUGUCCCUGCCAGAACUGGAGGAGAUACGAGUGGCUCAUGUGAUCUGCAUCCUUAGUGAGAUGAGAGAUUUCCUGCAGCCUGACUUCAACAAUUCCUUUGGACAAAUGAAUCUGGAGACUCGUUUUAAUCUUGCAAUCGCUUCUCAGUUCACAGCUCUGGAUUAUAUUAAGGCAAAUCGGCAGCGGAGCCGCACCAUGGCCCUUCUACGACAGAUGUUUGCGAAUGUGAACUGUCUUAUUACCCCAGGUACUGCAUGCGCUGCCCCAAGAAUCCAGGGCUCUGAUCUUCUGACUGGGUGUAGCGAUAUUAGGACAACUCUCCGGACCAUGAGGUACAUGCAACUGGCCAACUUGACUGGCAUCCCAGCGCUGGUAAUACCAGUUGGAUAUACUAUUUCAGGGCUUCCUAUCAGCAUCCAGAUCAUGGCAAAGUGGUGGAAUGAAGCACUACUGUUCCAGAUUGGCCUGAAGCUGGAACAAUUUCUUGGCAUAAUGGCAAAACCAGACAUUUAUUACGACAUUCUUGGGCAAUAGGGCCAGCUGUCUCAAACCAAUACAAAGUAAAACUUUUUUUUAAGCGUUUGGAAGUUUUGGGUGGCUUGAGGCAGGAGAACAGGCACUUUUCCUGUGCAUAAAAAUCUUUGUUAUUCAUGGAAUAUGAAGUAAUAAUUGUUUGGGUUGAGGUUUUACAUCUUUAGAUCUACACCCACGCUACUUGGGACUGGCCAAAUUUAGGGUACCCGAUCCUGAGCCAAUGAAUGCUCCUUGGCUUAAAUUGCAUACCGCAGAGGCCAGCAGAAAUAGGUGCUCUGAACUAAUAGCCCUCCAAAUCAUAUAGACUAAAAACAUAGCUGAAAAUAUAUUGGGGAGAAUGACCAUGGUUACAGAGAGUAUUUGAACCAAACAUACAGAGGAAUGAUGGGCCUCAGGCUUUUGCAUAAAAAACUGCCCAUCCCCACAAAAUGAAAUGGCAUUACCUUAAUAUUGAUCUGUUGCCAUGAUCAUGGGGGGCAUGAAAAAGUGCUUGUUCCCAUAUAGGUCCUCUUACAAAUGCAUUCAAAAUGGUUAAGGCUUGGGGGUUGCCAGGAUCUUUGCACUGAUGGAGACAGGAUUGUUUUCUCAGAAUUCCAACUAAGAGGGCUGUGGGGCAUGCGCCCAUUCACAAAAUUUUGGCAGGUGUACAAAACCGUUAUACAGAAGGCAAACUGGUGAGGAACCAAAGAACGAAUAUAUAUAUAUAUCUAUAUAUUUAUAGAUGUAACAUAGCUGCCAUCUCCACCCAGGAUUUGAUGAACCAGGCUGGAAGAGGGGGAUAAUCUGUUUGGUGCUGCAUGCCAUGGUUCGGGCAACUCCCCACAUCUUCUCCCCCUACCUGCUCAAGUAGGAGGCCAUGGCAGGGAUAGACUGCUCUUGCCAGAGGUCUGAACUGAUGAGUUGGGGGGAGCUUUCCUCACCACUCCAUGAAAUUAGGUUGUGGUCUGCAAGUUGUCCUGUUAGGGCGUGUUGAAUUUUGCAACUCUUAAGAUUCCAAAAACGAGGGGUUCUAAAAAGUUGCAACACGAGCUGGGAAUUCAAGAGAUAUUUUGGUUAAAUAAAAAUAAUUUAGUUUUCCUUGGUAAAAUUGCGCAAGAAACAUUAAAAGGAUUACCAAGUACUUGCCGUUAUUCUAUUUCUAGUUACCUGACAUUUUCGGAAGGUAAAAUUCUUUGGUUUUCUGAAAGUUUAUGUGCUGCUUUAUCAAAUGUAGACUCGAC